AUGGACCACCUAGCAGCGUCACUGCGCCAGCGAUACAGUGAGGACCGCCUCCACGUUCUUGUCGCAGAGCGCAACAUCGGAAAUCUCACAUACGAUGGGAUCGAAGUCGGCGGCGAGCGGGUUGCUCACGAGAUCGAAGAAACGCUGGGUACAUUAGCCGACCAAGGAUGUCCUAUCCGGAAACUGAGUGUCGUCGGGUACUCAUUUGGAGGCCUGCUAGCCAGAUAUGCAAUAGGAUUGCUCGACGCACGAGGGUGGUUCGAUAAACUAGAGCCAGUCAACUUCACAACCUUCGUGUCGCCACAUGUUGGCGUGCGGAUUCCCCGACAGGGUGUCUGGGGCUAUAUCUGGAAUAACGUAGGGCCCCGGCAGGGGUCUAUAUCAGCGCAGCAGUUGUUCUUGGUUGAUUCUUUUGGGGACUCGGGGCGGCCGCUGCUUAGCAUUUUGGCGGAUCCGGAUAGUAUCUUCGUGCGGGCUCUGGCAAAGUUCAAGAACCGCAGUCUUUAUGGGAAUGUUGUCAAUGAUCGCACUACCAUCUUCUAUACUACCACGCUUUCGUUGGUGGAUCCCUUUCGUGAUCUGGGCGACGCGCAGGUUAAUUAUGUUAAGGGGUAUGAGCCUGUUGUAAUUGACCCAGAUAUGUACUUUCUGCCUUCGGCGGAGGUGAAAGAGUCUUUGCCAUUGGCUUCGCGUGCAUGGGGGCAAAUAACGAGAUUUUUCACCACGGCCUUGUUCUGGGCCUUUAUUGCUCUGUUCUUAUCCAUCGUCCUUCCGCUUUUCUUCUUGCACUCUAUCUCCCAGUGGUCCCACAGUCGAGAACGAGUCCGGCUACACGAGGAAGGAGAGAGCGCAACGCUCUUCAGGCAAUACCGGUUGCCUCACGUCAUGGUAAAGCAAAUGCAAAGCGCCAUAGAAGAAGCAUACGAGGACGUCGGGUUCAGCCAGGACCCCGAAUAUCUCUCCACCACAAGCAACAGCAGCUCAGCAGAUUCAAUCAGGCGACGGAACUCCCCCAGUCUGAAAGCGAAAGAAGCUGCAGGGCACAAACCCAGCUCCAGCACCAUCCAAGAAGCUUCCCCGCCAACACCAGAGCAUGGCCAACCAAACAGCACCCGCGAAGCAACUGCAGAUGAUGCCAUCAGCAAGAAGGGCCGAGCAUAUCCCACCCUCGCCCUGACGCCAGCCCAGCUCUCCAUAAUCGAGUCGCUCAACUCCGUGGGAUUCCGCAAAUACCCGGUCUACAUCCACAACCAUCGACAUACCCAUGCAGCAAUCAUCGUGCGGGCCCCUAAGCCGGGCUUCGACGAAGGCAAGGUAGUCAUCAAGCAUUGGCUCGAUACAGAAUUCCAGAUCUAA